UUUUCCAAUAAUUAAAAAAGAAAAAGGAAGAAAAUGAUGCCAAAUUCUGCUAAUUCAUCUCCUCUAACUCCAUUAUCCUUUCUUGAAAGAGCUGCAACCGUAUACGGCGACUGCCCUUCUAUCAUCUACAACACCACCACCUACACCUGGUCUCAGACCCACCGUCGAUGUCUUCAACUUGCAUCAUCUCUCUCAUCCUGCGGCUUCACCCCUGGCCACGUCAUCUCCGUCAUUGCUCCCAACACCCCCGCGAUGUACGAGCUCCAAUUUGCUGUCCCGAUGUCUGCUGCUGUUCUUAACAAUAUAAAUACUCGUCUUGACGCGCAUACCGUCUCAGUUUUUCUGCGUCACAGCGAAUCAAAGCUCGUCUUUGUUGACUGUCUCGCACGUGAUCUUAUUCUUGAAGCUGUGUCUUUGUUUCCGUCUGAUGUUAAACGUCCUAUGCUAGUCCUCAUUGCUGAUGAUAGUGAGGCACCAGCGUCAUCGUCACUGACCGUUGAUUUUUGGUGUAGUUAUGAAAGUAUGGUGCAGAGAGGUGAUCCGGAGUUCAAGUGGGUCCAGCCGAGAAGCGAGUGGGACCCAAUAGUGUUGAAUUAUACAUCAGGUACAACUUCAUCUCCCAAAGGUGUGGUACACUGCCAUAGAGGGACCUUCAUUAUUACCGUUGAAUCCUUGAUUGAUUGGAGUGUUCCUAAACAACCUGUAUAUCUGUGGACCCUACCAAUAUUCCAUGCCAAUGGAUGGAGCUUUUCGUGGGGCAUGGCAGCUCUCGGUGGGACCAACAUCUGCAUCCGUAAAUUCGAUGCGUCUAGUAUCUACGGCUUGAUCAGGAGACACAGAGUCACUCACAUGUGUGGUGCACCUGUAGUACUAAACAUGCUAACAAACUCUCCCAAAAAGGCACCACUCAAGAGCCCCGUUCAUAUCUUAACAGCCGGAGCUCCACCUCCAGCCGCUGUGCUACUCCGGACCGAGUCACUGGGCUUUGUGGUGAGUCAUGGCUAUGGGUUAACAGAAACGGCAGGAGUUGUUGUGUCGUGUGCCUGGAAACCAAAAUGGAAUAUGCUCCCAGAAAAUGAAAGAGCUAGACUAAGAGCAAGGCAAGGAGUGAAAAUUGCAGGGUUCACAGAGAUGGACGUGAUUGACCCAAAAACAGGACUGAGUGUUAAAAGAGAUGGGCUAUCACUAGGUGAGAUAGUAUUAAGAGGUGGGUCCGUGAUGAUGGGUUACUUAAAGGACCCAGAUGGGACAUCAAAGUGUUUAAAAGAAGAUGAUGAUGGGUGGUUAUACACAGGAGACGUAGGAGUGAUGCACCCCGAUGGCUAUUUGGAGAUCAAAGAUAGAUCUAAAGAUGUGAUCAUUAGUGGUGGAGAGAACAUAAGCAGUGUGGAGGUGGAGUCGGUGUUAUACAGCAAUCCGGUGGUUAAUGAGGCGGCUGUUGUGGCUAGACCUGAUGAGUACUGGGGAGAGAGGCCAUGUGCGUUUGUGAGCUUGAAAGAUGGAGUAACAGAGAGAGUGAGUGAGAAGGAUAUAAUUGAGUAUUGUAGAGAAAGGAUGGCGCAUUAUAUGGCACCUAAAACGGUGGUGUUUCAAGAUGAACUGCCCAAAACUUCCACUGGGAAGAUACAGAAGUUGGCGCUUAGAGAGAUUGCGAAGGCCAUGGGAGCUUCACAGAAAUGAGGUUCCAUGAAAUGAUGCCUUUGUAAUAUUUAUUGUUCGAAGGAAAUAAAAUCUAGACAUACAUUUGUCGCAGAAUCCAUAGUUUAUAGAGGGACAAAGGGUCAAA